AGGCAUUGGCGGUAAAUGGCGGGAGCGCCCCCUCCACCUCGGUGCGACGUCUUCCUCACGGGCCGAGAGGGCGAAAAAGUGUGCCAGCGCCGGGAAGUGAACGCGGAGUGAACCGAGCCGUUGAAAAAGGGCCGUCGAAAGUGCAUAAAAACCGCCCCAAGGGUCCGAACAGCGCCGCCCCCGGCCGACGCCAUGGACGAAGACGACUACCACCUCAAAUGGGCCAAACACCACGACGCCUUCGUCUCCCUCUUCGACCAGUAUUUCGACAAGGAGAUACUCGUCGACUGCACCCUCGCCGCCGAGGACAAGUUCGUCAAAGUGCACCGGAUCGUCGUCAUGGCCUGCAGCCCGUAUUUGCAGGAUGUCCUUUCUCAGUACUCCCUCGAUUUCCACCCUGUAGUUUACACCGAUCUCAAAUUUUCGGUCCUCCAGUCGAUCGUUCGCUUCUGUUACCAGGGCGAGGUGACCAUAGCCCAUAAUGAGCUCGAAGAUUUCAUACACGGUGCGAACCUCCUCCAAAUCAAGGGAAUCGUUGCUAAAAAGGACUCCUGCUCGCAGGGCAAAGAUAGUUACGGCAGUGCCGGCGAGGACCACAGUGCAGAAAUGGCCGACAGCGAUUUCGAGAAAACGGAAAGCAACCAUCACACUGAUUUGCUGCGCGAUGAUGGUGAUGGACAAGGUUCAGAUAACUCGGAAGAUGAUUCCGAUGUGUCGAGCAUCGAAGAGGAAGAUAUCGAGAACCUGGACGAGCUGCCCGGGUUCGUGGAGAGCCUGCCGAUGUUCGGGAAUAUUCUUUUUCCUUGGACGUGUUCCAGGUGCGGGGAGGCCUUUUCCACCAGAGGCCUCCAUGACCACCACAGGAAGUCGUGCGUCAUCCACAAGGAUCUGCCUUGGAAAUGCGACCAGUGCCCUUCCACCUACAAGAACAAAAAGGACCUCACAAGGCACAAGGUCUACUGCGGGAAGGACCUGCCUAGGCUGGCGUGCCAGAAGUGCGGCAGCACCUACAAGUACGGCCGCGGUCUCAAAAGGCACAUGCAGUACUGCGGGAAGGACUUGAAGCAGUUCAAGUGUCCCGACUGCGACAAGACGUUCAAGUACAUACGGGGCUUGCGACGCCACCAGAGGCGGUGCGGGAUCAUGGAAGCCCUGGCGAAGCUCGCGGAAAAAGGGGUGACACCCGUGCUGAUCCGGAAGAAGGACGGCCACCCGGACGGCGCGGACUUGACCGAAGCCCCGAAACACCUCAUCCCCCAACCUACCGUCCUCCGGAAAGAGAACACCGCGGAAGGAGACGAGGACGACGAUUCCGGAUCCUCCUGCAACACGUGCGGGAAGAAGUACAAAUACAGAAGAUCCCUCCAGAGGCACAAAAAAAUAUGCAUACGAUACCCCGGUCGGUUCGCAUUCGGGGUCGUAGACGAAAAUAAAAACGACGAAGAAGAAAACACAUAAUAUAAAAAGAUGGGAAAAUACUCCACCUAUCCAGAGUACCUGACUCCAGACAAAAAUUUUCUUUUUUGUUUUCGAACAAAACAAUGAAGAACGCACUUGAUACAGAUACCCUUGCCUUUUAACACCAAUCGGUUCUUUAAAGGGCAAAAAAACUGAACACAUUUUUGCCUUUUAAAAAUGAACUGGUGAAAAGGCUGAGAUUAUUUUAUGAAGUGCUUACUUUUGAACUUUUUCGAAAACCCUGGGUUUAGAUGUAACCGCGAUUUUAGUUGGCAACGAUUCGACAUAAAAAUCCCAAGACCUAACAAAAAAUCUCGUUUGUUCGUUUUGACGUUGAAUUAUUGCAAUUCUGUGUCUGUAAAGAGUUCAAAUUUAAUUUUUAAUAAUUAAUUUCUCUCCGGACGUGAAUAGAAAUUAAAAAUCUUAUUUUUAGAACCCUUAAGUUUUCUUUUUAGUUAAACAAGCUUUAAAAUUAUUUAUUGAAAAGCACAUAUACACUCAUAUAAUUGAAUAUUUUAAAUUCAAUUGUUAAAUAUUAAUGUGUAUAUAAUAUGUGUGUAUGUGUGUACAUCGCCAGUCAGUGAACAGUGAAUUAUUCUGUAAUUUCUGUAUUUGUUUCAAUCAAACAAACAAUAGACACUUUUAGAAAGUUUUAUAAUGAAUUUACCAUAAUUUUAUUAUAGAAUUAUAAAAGAGUUUUUAAUGUUUCCAUGAGUUUUGUUAUAAAAUUUUGUCAAUGGGUGUUUGAAAGCUUUAUUUUUAAACAAAGACAGAAGAGUAUUUUAUUUUGUACAAGUCAGAAAUAAAUUGACGCUUAUGUUAUUUCUGAUUGUCGUAUUUAUUAACACCUUGUCACAAUAAUCGUUAAUUUUGGUAAACAGAAACCUUGUAGUUUUAUUUUAUUUUAAUAAGUUUAAAUCUGUUUGACUUUUUAUAAGGUUGAAUAAUAAAAAUAGGACUGGAGAGAAGAUAAAGUGCAAUUUUCCAAAUUAUCAUGGAUUACUGUUAAUUUUAUAGUUCUAUUUUUGUUCGAUGUUCUUUGGUAUCUUAGUUGAUUUUAGCUGUUUUCAGGUUUACUUGUAGCUUCUAAGUACAUUUCUUAGUGCUUCAUAUUUCAUCGAAUUUAAACUUAAAAAAAAAUCCUUAGUUUAAACUGCAUGAAGUGAGGUGGCAUUGGUUGAUGUAAGCCGAAGAAAACUUAUUUACCAAAUCAGAGCUUUUUCAGUUCAAAAGGAAAAACAGAAGAUUUAAGAGAUAUUUCAAAUGGUACAAAGUGUUUGAGAAACCGCCAUUUCCAGGCUUUCUUUUCUACACAUACGACACAAAAACAUACAUUUCUAAGCACUUGUAUAAACGCACAUUUGUUAUAUUUAAGGGAAAUAAAUGAUUUAUGAAGUCGUUGAGACUGGA